AUGAUUAGUAAAGAAAAUUAGCAAAUAAAAGUUUGGUAACACAAAUCUAAAAUAAGAGAAAAUUUAAAGAAUUCUUUAUUUAAUAAAAUAGCUAAAAAACUUCCUAGUGAAGAGCAUGAAAAUACACUUAACUUUUAUCCUUAAAAUCAAGAUUUAAAAGAUAUUCCUUAGAUUUAAUAAAAUUAAUAAAACAUAACUGAAAUACCAAAAAUUUAAAUUGAUACUAAUGAAUAAGUAGAAAAUUAAAAUAGUUAAAGCUUAUUAUUAUCUCCUUAAUAAGCAAGAAUAAAUAAUAUUGUAGAAGAUUUUUAUGAAAAAUACAUUUUAGAAAAAAUAUUAGGUCAAGGAUGCCAUGGAUUAGUCAAAUUAUGUAGACAUAAGAAAAAAAUAAAGCAUACGCAGUAAAAAUAAUAAGAAACGGUGAUAUAGAAAUAAUUUCAGCAAUAAUAAGAUCUUUUAAAAUAGCUUAACAGUUAAACCAUCAUAGUAUAAUAAAACCUUAUGAAUUAUUUAUAAAUUAAGAAACGGAAAAUAUAUUUUAUGUAAUGGAAUAUUGUCAUUAUAAAUCUUUACAAAAAAUAAUUGAAGAAUAAAAAGGAGGAAUUAUAGCUGAACAUAAGUCGAAAAUAAUAUUAUAUAAUAUAUUAAGCGCAGUAGCUUAUUUACACAACGAAGGUAUAUGCCAUAGAGAUUUAAAACCUGAUAAUAUAUUAAUAGAUGACUAAUUUUAGAAUGUUAAAAUUUUGGAUUUCGAAGUUAGUAAGAAAUUCAAAUCUGAUAAAUAUCUUAACUAAUAAUUAACAUAGCCUACUUAUUAAGAAAUGUGGACUCGUACUGGCACUUUAUAUUACUAAGCUCCUGAAAUAUUUAUUACUGGAGGAUAUACUGAAGCAGUAGAUUUAUGGUCUAUGGGAGUAGUUGCUUUUCAACUUUUUACAGGUUAAUUACCUUUUUUUACUGAAUAUGUAAGUGAUACUAUUGAACUAAUAAUUUAAGGCGAAUUAGACGAGGAGAAAAUGAAAGAUAUAACUUAAACUUAGA